AUGCCUCAUUCCCAGGAUGCUCGCCAUCGGCGGGUGGGUACCGGCUUCAGCUCGAGUGGGCGGCGUACCGUCAUGGGAUACUGGGCACCUCUUGCCCUGACCGUCGGUAUUGCCGCUAUUGGUGUUGCGGCUUGGAUAUGGACUGAGCGCAAUGAAGAAGACGACGAAGAUGAUCACGAUGACACCCGAGCCGGUGAUCAACCUGCCAGUGCCCCUAGUGGGGUGUCAUUCCCGCGCGGUGACUAUGGGGGAGACUACGCCCGAGCGACAGGUUCAGAUGCUCUUGCCCAGGAGGAUGCUAGUGUAAUGGCUCGCAUGCAAGGGGCGCUUCGGCGCACACCUAGUCCACAGCAAAUCUUUGACGGGGCAAGCAAGAGGGUUGCUGCCGGUGUCGCGGCGGCAGGGGCUUUUGUGGGUGGUGCUCUGACUUCAAUUCGAGAGGAGGGUAGAGGCGACUUCGAGGACCAUUCCCGCUGGUCGGAGGAGGUGGAAUCUCGCAACCAACAGAGGAGCCAGGCGGAGACAACAACGCCCAGUCAACCUCCAACACGCGGUGUUGUUGGGGCCCCAGCGGCCACUGACAAGAAGAGAAAGACGGUUGCGAUUGUGGUGUCAUCAGAAUCAUCUCAUCUUCCAGAAGACUUGACUUCUGAUCAUGUGUCUAUCCUUUCGCAUCUACCUGAACAUAUCAACCCGGACUCGGCUAAAAUUUUCGUUUUGAUCUACGCGCCCGGAUUGAAGCACGCUCCUAAUCAGGGAAGCUCUUCCCACGCCUUGUCCAUCACAUCUUCAUACUCGAACAUUGCUCCUGAGGAAGCCACCUCAUCCCCCGAGCUUUCUACUCUGGAGCCUCGACAGGUCGAUGAUCUAGAGGGAGCGCCGCCUCUUUUCAACACCUUAUACACACAGGGCCAAGCAAUCGUGGAGAAAGAUACCAUGAUUAUGCCUUUCAACUCCCUAACCGGAUACGUACACCUUGUCCGCCACCUCUCUCCUGAUACAGUCUAUGUGCAAGAGUCACUGUCAGGUCAAGACGGUAGCGCGGUGAAUCACAUCGCCGGCUGGGUUAGGCAGGUCGUUGUUGUGGUUGGCGAUGAAGGUGGCCGAGGCGGCCUCAUCGAUAGCGACGAUGAAUCAGUGCUGGCGAACAAGGAAGAGAAAUGGUGGCGCAAAGAGGGUGUUACUGGCAUUGGUAAACGCAUCGACGUGGUCGAUGUGCUUCGUGUUGGGGAUGAUUGGCGACGCAGGAUCAGUGGCAAUGACUAG